UGUGCGUUCUGUAGAAACAACCACGAGACGAAGACCAUGUACAUGUCGCACAUUUUGAAAGAUGCUAACGGUGAUGUCGUUUGCCCUAUCCUGUCCAAAUACGUCUGUCCAAUUUGUUCAGCGACGGGCAAGGCUGCUCACACGACCAGGUACUGCCCG